CCCCUGCUUGACGCGCCAAAGCCUCAUUCGCCUCCCCUUCUCUCGCCGUUAUCUUAGCGCGGUUGCAGCAGUCGGCCGAGACUCCGGGUCCUCCCUCGGGGGGGCGGGGCCACGGAAAGACCGCGGCGUCCCCACCUCCUUUCUCGGUAGCUCCAAGGAGAGAACGGGUUUACUGCACGGGGACGCCGCCAGCCGCAUCUUUUCUCCGCUUCGGGCUUAAAACUGGAUGGAAGCCGCCCUUGGGGAGGGCUUGGUGGAACCUCAUCGAUUCAUAACGGGAAUCCCUCAGCGGAUACUGCUGCUGCUGCCCGCGUUCAAUUCUUGCGGCUGCCCGCGGGCUGCGAGAUGUUGAGCUGCAGCUCCAAGAAGGCGCUCGGGGGGCCCGGUUCGGUGCUUGCGCGCGCCUGAGUCGAGAGCACGACGACGACCUGCCGGCUCCUGAUGGACACGGAGUCCCGGGCACAGCUCGGGGCUACUGCUGCUGCUGCUGCAUCUCGGGAGAAGGGUCGUGUGAACGACGAGCCGCGGAGGGACCCAACGCUGCUGCCUUCGUAUGGGUGGGAUGCUCGGCGGGCUACCCAUUCCGGGCCGUCUCGUUGGGCAGGGGGUUUAAGAGGUGGCUUUUAGAGUUGGGUUUUUUAAAGAAAAAAUAUUCUUAUUAGUUUCAUUUGGAAAGCCGAGGGGGGGGGAGUGUGGGUGUGGGUGUAGGCGACCACAAGCCCGUCCAUGGCCAACCCGCGGCGGUGCAUUGAGCUGGAGCACUUCGAGGAGCGAGACAAAAGGCAGCAGCGCUCGGGCUCCCGCCGGGGAGGGGGCAGCUCCACUUGUAGCAGCAGCUCGGGCCCCAAAGGUAACGGGCUCAUCCCCAGCCCCGCGCACAGCGCCCACUGCAGCUUCUACCGCACGCGCACCCUCCAGGCCCUCAGCUCGGAGAAGAAAGCCAAAAAGGCGCGCUUCUACCGCAACGGCGACAAGUACUUCAAGGGCUUGGUCUACCCCAUUUCCAGCGACCGCUUCCGCUCCUUCGACGCCCUCCUGGUCGAGCUCACCAGGUCUCUGUCCGACAACGUCAACCUGCCUCAGGGCGUCCGGGCCAUCUAUACCGUCGAUGGCAGCCGAAAGGUCGCCAGCCUCGAAGAACUGGUGGAUGGUGAAAGUUAUGUAUGCGCUUCCAAUGAGCCAUUUCGGAAAGUUGAUUAUACUAAGAAUGUUAAUCCAAAUUGGUCUGUCAACAUAAAAUCUGGGUCAUCUCGAUCCUUCACAUCUUUAACAUCUGCAAAGAGUGAAAUAAGGGAGAGCAAAGACUUCAUUAAACCUAAACUGGUAACUGUUAUACGCAGUGGAGUGAAGCCACGAAAAGCUGUGAGAAUUUUGCUGAAUAAAAAAACUGCUCAUUCCUUUGACCAAGUGUUGACUGACAUAACAGAAGCUAUUAAGUUAGAUUCAGGCAUUGUCAAGAGAAUUUGCACAUUGGAUGGGAAACAGGUUACCUGUUUGCAAGACUUUUUUGGUGACGAUGACGUUUUUAUUGCCUGUGGACCUGAAAAAUACCGUUAUGCUCAAGAUGAUUUUGUUCUGGACCAUAGUGAAUGCCGUGUUAUGAAAUCAUCUUAUUCUCAUGCAUCUGGAACAACAAGGUAUUCUGGAUCUAAAAGUCCUGGACCUUCACGUCGAAGCAAAUCCCCAGCUUCAGUAAAGAGGGGUGGCCAGUACUCCAGUACAUGCUCUUCAGCAAAAUCCCCAGUCAGUGGAGCCCCCAGCCAGAUUUCUACUCCUAAAUCAGCAAAAUCAUCUAGUUCCUCACCAACAAGUCCUGGAAGUUUUCGGGGACUCAAGAUUCUCCCUCCUUGUGAAUCUUCUAAUGUAAAUGGUGUGCCUGAAAUAUCUCCUUCCCUGAGUCCCGAAGGUAUAAAUGGAAACAAGUACUCUGAGACAGCCACCAUUCUUGAAAAGUACAAAGUGGGAAAAGUGAUUGGUGAUGGUAAUUUUGCAGUGGUAAAGGAAUGCAUAGAACGAUCCACCAGAAAGGAAUUUGCCCUGAAGAUUAUUGACAAAGGAAAAUGUUGUGGAAAGGAGCACUUGAUUGAAAAUGAAGUGUCAAUUCUUCGCCGUGUGAAACAUCCGAAUAUUAUUAUGCUAGUAGAGGAAAUGGACACUGCGACGGAGCUAUAUUUGGUGAUAGAAUUGGUCAAGGGAGGAGAUCUUUUUGAUGCUAUUACAUCUUCAACAAAAUACACCGAGCGUGAUGGAAGUGCAAUGGUCUACAAUCUAGCCAGUGCACUGAAAUAUCUUCACGGUCUCAGUAUUGUCCACAGAGACAUCAAACCUGAGAAUCUUCUGGUCUGUGAAUAUCCAGAUGGUACAAAAUCCUUGAAGCUAGGAGAUUUUGGAUUAGCCACUGUAGUUGAAGGACCUCUUUAUACAGUCUGUGGCACACCAACCUAUGUGGCUCCAGAAAUCAUUGCAGAAACAGGCUAUGGCUUAAAAGUGGACAUUUGGGCCGCAGGUGUCAUUACAUACAUUCUCUUAUGUGGGUUUCCACCAUUUCGUAGUGAGAACAACAUUCAAGAGGAUCUUUUUGAUCAGAUCUUAAUUGGAAAGCUGGAAUUUCCUUCUCCAUAUUGGGAUAACAUCACUGACUCUGCUAAGGAAUUAAUUAGUCUGAUGUUACAAGUAAAUGUGGAAGAACGAUAUACAGCUGCUCAGAUAUUAAACCAUCCUUGGGUAUCAGAUGAUGCCUCUCAAGAAAAUAAUAUGCAAGCUGAAGUAACAGGUAAAUUAAAGCAGCACUUUAACAAUACACUUCCCAAGCAGAAUAAUCAAAACGCAGGAGUGUCUAUUAUCAUGAACACAGCUCUAGAUAAAGAAAAUCAGAUAUUUUGCAACAAGCGCUGUCAAAUCCCAGAUCAAAUCCCAGCUGAUGUGAAAUAAAUCACCAAGAUAAUUCCUGCUUCACAGCCUUCUACAACUGAUCACAAGUUGACUUCUCCUGCUGCUUCUCAGUUGCUCAGACUCUCUUCCUACCUUGAAUCAGCAUGUCAUGAGCCUGCAAGAUUAAUUUUAAGAAAAGUUCUAAUGAAAUCCACAGCUAGGUCAGCUACUGUUUUCUUAAACUUGCUACUUUAUUUUUUUCAUGUCUAAAAAGGAUGCAGGUUGUAUGUACAGUAGAUUUUAGUACUCUACCUAUUACAUUUGGGAAUUCUUAUGUCUUUAAAUGAAUUUGUGUUCAGUAUAAUUUCAAUCAUGCAAAUGAAUUUAUCUUCUCAUACUUGGAUAUACAAACUUUAAAUAGGUAUACCUAUUAAGGAGCCUUGCCCAAUAAAGUCUAGAUUUUCUAAAAGAAAUGCUAGACAAAAAAAGGAGUGGAACUCAUUUCUUGAAUUUAAAAAUGCAGGUCUAAAAUCUUGAAGCAAGAUUAUUCCCAGUGGCAAUUUGUACAAUAUUAAAAGGCAAGUUGUGGAGAUUUGAAUAAUGGUGUGAAUGGAUAGCACACUUAUCUUUGACAUUAAACUUUUUGAUUAAGUACCAUCAAGUUAGUGUUGACUCUUAAGUGAUCACAUAGAUAAGAAACAUAAAUUUAAACUGUGGAAUUUAAUAUAGAAUAAUUCAAUCAUUGACAAUCAUUUUGCAACCAACCCCAUUUAUGAAUGAGUGUGUUUUGAAGAUUGCAGUUAGUAAAGAUUUCUCUGCACAGGUUGUUUCCUGCUUCUCCUUUUCUGUCAUGAAUGACCAGGGUUUUUUUUUUUCUUG